AUGCAUUUCGUCAGUGUUGCAGCAACCUUCUUCGCCGGUCUUGCCGCUGCUGUUCCGGCACCGCAGAGUACUGGCGCUCCUGAGCCAGCUACGUAUGAGAACAUCGAUAUCGCCGAGUUUACGGUCCGCGAGAACGCCGACGGUUCUCUGAUGGCCACGAGCUUCUUGUUAAGCGGCGAAGCUGCCGCAAACCUUACCUGCUCCGCCUCCGAUCCAAGCCUUCCUUCCGAGGUAUAUAUCUGUGGUGACAGCAAGUAUCGAUUCGCUCUGGUGCCAGGAAGCGAGUAUAAAUAUGGGCUACGCAUCUACCACGAGCUGGGCACUGCUGUCGGGUUCUAUGGCGAGGGCGAUGUCUUCACCUACUGCCACGCUGGCGGUCUAGAUACGAUGACCUGCAACCAAAUAUAUCCUACCACCAUUGUGAUCGACUCUCAAUGA